AGAAGGCAGAGAGAUAGGGGAGCGGAUCUCAAUGGAAGAGAGGACGAUCGUAGAGAGGUACGGGAGCGCCUGCGCCCUCGGCUAUACCGAGUUUCUGCGUACGUUUCCAUCAGUCGGGUCUUCAACUCCGGACCGCGAACAACCAGUGAUCGGGGCCGCGUGACUUGGACGCCGUGCUAACACCCUCUCACAGACCCCUUGCAAGAGGAUCAACGACGCGACGCGCACCGGAAACAAAAGGUUCUCCAGUGAAAGUUUCGAUCUUAUACCGGUACUGUCCGUGCUUCCGUUUUCCCAACGAUUUACGCGGCGAAACUUCCGUUCCCGAUUGCGGUCCAAAGUUUCGCGAACAAGUUUUCCGCAGAACUUUCACACGCGCUUUCGCCGCAACCAGAAUUUUUUAAUGCAUCGUUCGACUGGAAGCGUCUGCGGAACGAUCGUUCGUUCGGUCGCGUGGAAAACCUCAUGAGAGAGAAGAUCGUGCACGCGGACGCAAUCAAAGAGACUGGAAAAAAGGUAUCCGCGUCGGAUUGGACGAUCCAUCAUUCGCUACUGGUGUUGGCUGAACCAGAAAGAUAGGCGGCCUGAUCGAGAUAGAGGGAGAAGGAGAGACAGAGAGAGAGGGAGAGAAAGAGAGAGAGAGAGAGAGAGAUAGUGCAACACGCAAACAGGAGGAAACCAUCCUCCCCUAACUCGGAGAUUGCGUAAUUAAUCGCGAGACUUAAUCGAGUACCGAAUUAAUUGGGACAGAUUUACGAUCGAGGUCUGUGACAGUGGACCGCGAUACCGUCGACGAUCAUGAAGUAUCACCAGUGCGUGCAGAUGACCGCGCGGCGGUCGCAAAUGAAAAAGACCGCACGGGAGCGUGGUUCGAUCCGACAACGUUAAAGGGACACGGAUCGUACAUCACCGUACCGUCCGGGAACAUCGGUUCCACCCAAUUCCCAAAAAGAAGACGAUCGAGCAAAACGAGUUUUUCACGCUCGACCUGUUCGACCAGCCCGCUGUACGUUUCGCCUCUGCCUUGCCUGUCCAUCUUUUCACGCUGCUAAUUAAUUUUCAUCCUUUAGCACACUCGUGGUAAUCACGCGGUGUUCGACGACAACGGCCAAUGACUGGCAGUGUUUUAAAAAAUAAAAUCACGAAGAUCAUCGCGAGUCGCGUGGUUCGUGGUAACGAGCUGGAGAUACUCGUCGUGAAUUCGCGAGGCCAAAUAAUUUGGACAAAGUCAAGACCCUCGAGUCCCCAACGUGCUUCAACGUAAUUAGCAAACAGUCGCCGCCAAGUGUUUCCGCGGGAACAGUUCAAUUUCCUCGCAACAUUCUCGCCCUAGGCCGAGAUUCUGACCAAAAGCCGAGAUCUGGUCGUCGAAGCAGGCACUGUGCAAAUUGUAGCCUCCGAAAGGGCGGUUACCUGAUUCCAUCAAGCUCUUUAUAACCUCUCGAGGACCAUGAAGAACUGAGCCGAUCGAUGGGGACGAGCUUCGAAAGGUGAUUCGGUGUGGCGAUUAUAGGAAGGAAAAUUGGUGAUUGAAUGUCUGUGAAAGGAAGGAAUUGGCUACGAUUUUCGAGAUCUUUAUAUAAAGAUUCGAGAUGCCGAUGGAACGAGGUGGCCAGUUAAGUAAGAAAAAUUCGAUAAACGCGCAUCAUCGUUGAACCACGGGUUGAAACUUUUCGUUAAAAAGUGCAUUCCUAUCGGGGCCGUGCCACUGCGGGGAAAUUAAAAGCAGUCGACGCGCAUCCUGUGGCGAGCGGACGUAAAGAUAAGAAGAGGACAGUGCGCUGGUGGUUGUAUAAAAAAAAAGACAAUGCUAAAACGCCGCCAGAAAUGCGAGCAGAGAAAGAAGCAGAAUAAACGAUUCGUGGAACUUUUUUAACUGAAGUAUCGAGUACCGAGAACAAAGUUAAAUAACGGUGACAUAAAAAGUUUAUCAACAACGACCGCGUAGUUGAACCAACAAAAGACUCGCUAAGAAAGUUUGUUAACCGAACGAUAACCCACAGGAAUCUACAAAGAUGUACGAACGCAAAUGCCCAGAGGACAAACAGAAAUUUAAGAAGAAAAAGACCUUAUGAUCUGCAACUGUCAAGAACGCUGUAGUAAAAGGUUAGUGCAACGAUAAUAGAACGAAAUUCAGACGACGUUCUCGGAUCUGUAACUGGACGAUUGGAAAUUUCGUGUUCGCUGAGAGUUACGUUCUACUGCCGACGAGUUCCGCGAGAAUGAAUCGUGACGAGUAAGAAGGGUGAGAAAACGGUAACGUCCGAGUGAAAAGGGGCUGAACACGACAAACGGGAAAUUGUAGAAUCGUUGUUAGGAGGGAUAUCCUGCGGGUGAGCCGGUCAGCCGACGGUGAUGGCAUGAGGACAUUAGUAAGGAAGAGCUGCGGGUCCAGCGAGGAGGAGGAUGAGGAUGGUGGUGGGCGUGAUGGUCCUUGGUCAGCUACUGACGAGGAUUUUGCUCGCUGCCCACGCAGGAGAUCGUCUCGCGGCAGCUCGCAGAAUUCUCAGAGACGUGCCACUGAUAGACGGGCACAACGAUCUACCAUGGAACAUACGCAAGUUCCUGAAGAAUCAGUUGAGGGAAUUCAGGUUUGAUGACCUGAGGGAUACCCACCCUUGGUCGCGGAGCGCCUGGAGCCACACGGAUCUCAGAAGAUUGAAGGAGGGUAUGGUUGCAGCGCAGUUUUGGUCAGCUUACGUGCCAUGUUCCUCUCAGCACCUCGACUCGGUCCAACUGGCACUCGAGCAGAUCGACCUGAUUCGUCGGCUGGUGAACAAGCAUCCUGAAAGCAUGGUCCUCGUUACCACGGCGGAAGGUAUAGAGAGAGCGCACAAGGAGGGUAGAUUAGCAAGCCUGAUAGGGGUCGAAGGGGGUCACGCGGUUGGAGCGAGCCUGGCAGUUCUCAGGAUGUUGUACGAGUUGGGCGCCAGAUACCUCACACUCACUCAUACUUGUAACACGCCUUGGGCAGAAUGCAGCACAGCGGAUGAACCCGGUCAAGUGGCACGCAUCGGUGGUCUCUCCAAUUUUGGCAAGAGUAUCGUCCUCGAGAUGAAUCGACUCGGAAUGAUGGUGGAUCUGUCGCACGUUUCCGUGCCCACGAUGCUGGUCGCCAUGAAGACGUCGAAGGCGCCUGUUAUUUUCAGCCAUAGCAGCGCUCACGCCCUUUGCAAUUCCUCGCGAAAUGUGCCUGACCAUGCGCUGAAACGUUUGGCGCAGACUGACGGUAUAGUUAUGGUAUCCUUCUAUCCCCAUUUUAUCAGCUGUGGCGAGAAAUCGACUCUGCAAGACGUAGCCGCUCACAUUGAUCACGUGCGAAAGGUGGCUGGUGUGGAUCACGUAGGAAUAGGCGCCGGCUACGAUGGUAUCAAUCUGACACCGGCAGGCUUGGAAGAUGUUAGCAAGUAUCCGGAGUUAUUCGCAGAACUAUUGGCGCGUGGAUGGUUGGAAAAGGACAUUCAGAAGUUAGCAGGCCUGAAUCUCAUUCGUGUGUUCAAAGCGGUAGAGAAGGUUCGAGACGACAUGGCUGCGGAUGGCAUCGAACCCUUGGAAGAGGAAAUUCCGUACGAGGAUAUAAUCGGUCGAGAUUACUGCCGUUACAACAUGAAACGACUGAUGGGUCCUUAGCCACUGCGAAUCAGCUCCGAGGAUGGUCGAUGGUUGGAAAAAGGAAGAAAGGGAGCAAUAGCGUAAGCAGCGAAACAAUCGUCGCAGCAGCAAAGAGGGAAACACUCUGUCGAAGUGUUCCAGCUCGUGAAACCUCGCGCCAGCUUACGACGACUCGAGCUCCUCGACUCUUCGCUCUUUUGAUCUUUUUCCCCGUGCCAUCCGCGACUCUCGGACGCGAACGUAAGUAAAUAGGCAAACUCGAUUUCCUUGGAAGAUUCCCGAGUCGCGAGACACGAGUAUUCGCAGACAAUGUCGAGUGAAGCGACUGGUGAAAGGGUAGAAGAGCUCGAUCGCGCGAUUGUAUUUCGUCACGGUGGAACGACGUUUCUUCCUUUAUAGCAGAACGAAUGGCUUGUUGCGAGAUAACGAUGUACGCGUCUGUAUAAAAGGACGAGCGUCUCUACGACUUUCGAAGACCAAGACACGUAUUCUUGUGUGUCGAACGUUUAAAGAUUUAAGAUCAGCCAUAAUCGAUGUGUUUAAUUUGCACUCAACGAUAUUUUCGUCGAUGCUGGAACCAAAACCGCGCGUUCUAGUCAAUAUAAUAAUUAUAUUAUGUAUAAAUAUGUACACAUAACGAUCGAUCUCGCGAACGACUGACACCGAUCGUCACACGACGGUGACUAUUACUAAUCGAGUGGAUGACUGCUUCAAUGUGUUCUAUUGUGCGUGCGUGUACGUAUGCGUGUACGAGAGAAAGAGAACUAACGAUGUUUGUACAUAUGGUACCUGAAGUCGAUGAACAUAUUGACCCUCCUAUAGAGCAAACCGACCAGACGUAAUUUCAUCGAGAAAAGAUUGAAUCGUGACGAGAUCAAAAAAUCAAAGAGAACGAAUUAGAUAAAAUUUCGGUUAAGAAAGAAUGGAGAACUUACGUUUCAUCGAGUAGCGUUCGCCUCGGUUUGAAAGAUUUUAAUGGCCGGUUUGAUCAGACUGUCACAGAGGGAACUAGAUACGAAGUUAUGCUCGAGAGAGCCUAAAAAAAAAAAAAAGGAAAACGUUGACAAAGUCAACGAGUGCGCUUCGUGGCGCACGCCACGAGAGAGAGAACUUUCCUACGAUUUUGCACGAUCGAAGUUGACGUCGACGUGCGCGUCGAUGCGUUAUCAUCACAAUUGACUUUUUUCCAACGCGUCUCAAUUCAUUGUAAUCGACACAUUAAGGCUCGUAUAUUCUAACUAACGCACCGAGUAAAUAUCCUUUCUUAACGAUGUUUUUACACUAAACUUUUAAUAUAGCCAGAUUUUAAAAAAACGAACGAGCAUGGAGCAAAAAAGAUAGAAAGAAACGCGAAGAGCGAUAAAAACAAGUCGAAGACGUACUAUCAACUUCCCUCGUGCCACCGCAAUCCAUCUGAUCGUUAAUUUUAUGUAAAUCUGCGCGUCGUUUCAAACUUAUGCCAUUUAUGUUCUGAUCUAAAAAGAAACGCAAGAAAAAGAAGAAAAAACAAUCGUAAGACUUGUUUCGUAUCGAUCGAUUUAACGAUCAUUCGUGUGCAAGUAGUCAAGAUCAACGAAGCGCCAGCCUCGUGAGUAUAUCCUAACAUUUCAAACGUUACCGAUACCAGAAAUAAAUCGACGGCAAAUCGAAA